UUUGAAAUCUUUCUGAUGGCUGCUUUUAGUUUGUCAAUACUUCUGCAAAGGCCUUGAUGUUCUUACUCCUUUUUUCAUUUUAUGGUCAGCAUCAAAUUCCCUCCCAAGUAAAUUGUCAUGCUCUCUCAUUACUACCUCCAUAUCCUCCCAAAUCUUCCUUUCCUAAAUGACAUCUUCCUCCGUCUCCUUCAUCUCGUCCUCCAUCACUUGCUCGUCACCCAGGAUCUAUAUUACAGUCACUGCAGGUCUGAUAAUCAAGGGUCAUCUUACAGCUAGAAAUUCAACUCUUGAUAUUUUCCAGAAUAUCCUGAGCGCUUUAUAAAUGCAGGGCACCUUUAUUUUGAUGUUCCCAAAAGGACAGCUUUGUUUCUCCUGUCUUUUUGAGUGCAUGUAGGACUGCAAUGGAAACCGUAUCCCAAAAAACACAACAGGGCACUUUUAUGUGAUGGAUGCAGCCUGUGAAAAUCGGAUGCCUACGUUUGCCUUUAUUUUGUGGCGUCUGUUGUUUAGUGUUGCAUUUGAGAGGCUGCUCUUGUAGACUAAUUGUCAAGGUGCAAUAUCUUGGAAUAGCCAAAAUGCUUAUGUAGUAUUCAAAAAGUAGGGCCCCAUCCUCACAGUGGAUACAAAGAAAAGAGUUGAAUGUCAUUUUAUUUUCCUAUAUAGUGGAUUUUUCUUCCCCGAUAAAUAAUGAACUUUGCACAUGCAAUGAAACUAAUCCUUCUUCUGGUGUCAUGCUUCAUUAGGAAUUCUCAGGGAUGACACAAAAGUGCCCCUUUUCAUAUAAAAAAAACAACGAAGCGUAUCCUUCCGCCACGCAACACACGCAGCUCUUAAAACCUCAUGGGUGAUGCCGACACGCGCAUGGAUAUCUUAAUUAGACGUUGCGCAGCCAGGUGUGGGAUUAACGAACCGGCCCGGGAGCGGUCGAACACACACACACGGUGAACUUUGAGAAGACGGGACAACAAGAUGUCGACGACGCGGACGAGAAACGCAGGAAAGACCCCGAAUAAAGAACAGCUGAGCCGGGAUAUGCGACAGAGCAGACUGGAUCUCUUCAUUCUACAGUUUGAGAAAGAAGCACAGGAGCGUAUGAACGAGUUGUAUGCCAAAAAGGAGAACCUGUUGGCAACGGUGGACAAGGCCUUCAAAGUGGAACUGAUGAAGAUACCCCAUUCUCUUCAAAAGACGCGCAUAGGGGAUUUAAUAAGCGAGGAAAUCUCAGCAAGUGAGGUGUCAAUUGCCAUGAAGAAUGAGUCCCUGGAGAUGCAGCAGCCCCUCAGGAGGGCGCUCAGCAAAAGAGUAAAAUCAACAGAUUCUUCACCGGGUCAGUCCACCCCACCAGUCCGGAGGUCUUCAUCCAAGGCCUCUAACGGAGGAAAGGGGACAAAAAGGGCUAGAACACUAGUCAAUAGUAGCAGCACUGGAAAUAUCAGGGACUCUUCAGUCUCUGCCAAAAGAACUCAAAGCGUCUUGACCAAGACUAAUGGCAAACCUAAACUCAGGUCUGUCGUCUCUGCUGGUGAGCUGCAUUGUUCCAUGGCGGGCUCUGCUGCACAUAUCACUGUAACCACAGCACAGGGACAGAGUGUGUGCUUCUCUGACGAGACAAAGGCUGAUAUCAACUUGGACGUGCUGGAUGACGUGGCAUGGUGCCAGAUUAAGAAGCUUUCGAGUCUGAUGGACUAUCUGUCAAGGCAAGGUCGCUGCCAGCGAUGACUAAGGAUCCACUGUGAACAGGCUUUCCUCUUAUUUAAUUCUAUUUUAAACAUUUUACUUUAAUUCAAUUAAUUUAUAGAAGUUUCUUUUAUUUUUUUAUCUAUAAUAAAGCUUAACAUUCUACCA